AUGGCCUCAAACAACAAUCAACAGCCCGGAUUAAUUGCUUCGCACGCAGAAUACAUCAAGGCAGCAGCAGUCGAGACAGUAGGCACCGUGACCGGCAGCGAAGCAUGGAAGCAGUCCGGCGCCGAACAAAAGGAACAAGCGAUCAACGACAUGAAGGCCGCGAGCGAAGGGCGGGAUCCCUCGGCGAGCGGAUGGGGCAAGCCCGAGGAGGUGAUUGGGAAGGUUACGGGUUGCGAGGGGAUGCAGCAGGAGGGAGCGGCUAGCACGAAGCAGUAA